AUUACAUUACAUACCAACCAAUGUACAGGACGCAACGUCAAGGAAACUCUUCUAUUUGUCAAUUAAUCAUACAUUAUAUGUAUCAUAUAAAUUAAAAUAUAGUUAUAUAAAAUCGACAAAUAUUGUGAUUUUGAUUCGUGAUCAGUGGUUUUAGUGAUAAUGUGAGCGAGUGUUAAAAUAGUUGCGUGAAAGUAAAAAUAAUGAAGCUAUUUGUGAUGUGUGUAAUUUUUAUGAACAUCUACGAUUUAGAGAAAUGCGACGCCAAAUGCGACCAGUAUUAUUUGAUAGUCAAAGAAAGUUCCUGUCCACGUGAAAAUUUACGACCACAAAAGAUACGCGACAUAGAUUGGGAUGAAAUAACCGUUCCAUGCAAUUCAACAGACCCUGAAGUUAUUCCUUUCAACAAGGAAUGUGUUCUAGAAGUAGAAUACCAUGACACAUCGAUUGGUUGCACAAAACACGUGAAGAAAACAAACUAUCAAACUCACACCACAAUACCUGAUGAAAGAAUAACAAUAACAGACAGAUAUAAAAAUAUAAGAUUAUUAACUACUACAAGCAUGACUCCAAGAGCCGAUGAAAUUGAAACAGCUCAUAAAAAUGAAACUACAAAUGAAGAGAUAGACAAAUCACUGUAUGACGUAAAUGUCAUUUAUAUAAAUGAUAUGGAAAACGAUAUGAACACUUCCCACUCCAUUGCAGAAACAAAUAAUACACAUGGUGAAGUAAACUGUGAUUAUGCUGAAACUAUCUGUGGUGGUGAGGGCAAAACGGAAAAUGGUUUAAAUGAAACAUUAAAAAUAACAAUACUUCGGGAUGAAAAGAGCCCUGUCCAACCCAUAUUCACGGGUUACUUUUUUAAUGAUUCUAAUACAUACUUAGCUCCACCGUUCAAAGACUUCAAAUCGGUAAACAUAACAUGUAAUAUUUUGAAACAUUACAAUUGCAAUGCUAACAUAGACAAAAAGUCUGUUAAAGAAGUUAACAUCUAUAUUAAAACUAAUUACGUUGAAAAUAACACGGUAUCUAAAUAUUUUAACUGCACAAAUAACUUUACGAACAGAAUAAAUGAUUCACUUGAUUUAAAAUGCAAUAAUACAGACUUUGCUGAACAUAAUAAAUUCCCUUUACUUAAUCCUCAUCCUAAUGUUACAACUACAGAGAAACCUGUGAAUGUUACAGAACAAAAAAUACUAGACAGAAUACCAAAUAGUACUUUGGAUAAUCCAAUUAAUAUAGCAAAGUACGAUUUAAAUCUUAUUUACUUGAAUGAAGACGAAGAUAAUGUGUCUAACUCCACCCAACAAACUAUUUCCUGUGCUUAUGCUAAUAUUUGUAGUGACACAGACAACCCUGAUAUAGAAACAGCAAAAUCGCUUCAAAUGUCAAUCAAUCGAGAUGAUACCAGUCCAAUCCAGCCAAUAUUUACGGGUUAUUUUGAUAAUCAUACAAAAAUACAAACCGAUUCACUGAUCAAAUACUUCAAAUCUGUAACUUUAGAAUGUGCAAUUUUAAUACGAUCUUCUUGCAAGCAAAACAUUGGUGACGAAACCAUAAAAGAUAUAAAUAUAUAUUUAAAAUCAAACUAUGUCCAAAACAAUACAAUAACAAGGUAUCCUAACUGCACGAAGAAUUCAAUGUCCUCUACUUCAAAUAAUACACUUAAUUUUCAAUGCGAAGACAUUUCUUUUGCUGAACACAAUCCACAUAUAUUACUAACUCCACAAUUAGUGAACAAAACAAAUGAAGUGAAAUCUGACAAUAAAACUGAUGGAAAAAUCAUCAGAAGGAUUUGUGUCGCAGAGGAAAACGCAAAUAACGAAAUAUAUUUUGAUAACUGUUCAAAUGAUUUACAUUUCGAUACUGCUAUAAAUGAAACCACACACCAAAAGUAUCAAGGCAAUGACAAUAGCACAGCAACAGAUAAUUUUGGAAAUGCUACAAUAAAACCUCUUAAUCCAGUGACAAACGAUUAUUUGAUACAAUUUCUCAUGCCAGCAAAUGACAAUUGUACGAAGAACUUGGGUCAGAGUAUUUAUAAAGGAAAAAUCAUUAACUCAGGCAUUAGUGGCACAAGAACACUGGGAACAGAAACUUUUGAAUUACAAUUAUCAAAUUGCACAGGAAGUAAUCACACGAACAAUACGCAACCCCAUAUACAAAAUGAAUUAGUAAUUUUUCUACAAGAACCUGCAUUAAAUUCUAGUAAUACAAAAUUAUUUAACGAAUUCCUAAAAGAAGCAAAAGAAAAACAAAACAUUAUAUUACAAUGUGAUCUUCUAAAGCAAAAUAGCAGCACAAAUACUGCUACUGACAGAAAUAUUCUUAAAUGUCUAUCCAUAGAUUUGAACAAUCAUGUUAAUACAACUGACAACAAAAUUACGAAAGAAGAAAAAAAAGUCCACGUAAACUCUGUAAGAAAUUGUACUACAUCUAAAGACGGUUGUAAAACAAAUAAAAACAAUGCAAAUGAUAAAAGAAAUUGUACUGCAUCUGAUGUUGAUUGUAAACUAAAUAACACUCGUUAUAAAGACAAUGCAAGGAAAGAAGUCAUUGACAAUAAAGAAGUCAAAAAGGAAGUUAGGAAUUAUGCUGAAGUCAAGCCUGAUUACAGCAAAGGAACCUUUAACAGAAGGACAGAUAUCGUCAAUGGGGCUAUGAAAAGCAAGAAUUCUGAAGAAUAUAAUGAAGUGGAAAAGAUAUUACUCAUAGGACUUUCUUCUUUAGCUGGAGUUAGCAUGGUGGUGGUCCUGGCCUUAAAAUUCCGACGCAAGUCAGAACCAAGCGAAGAGAGUGAUUCCCCUCCUGCCUCCGCAGCACGGCAAAAUGUAGCAGAAAUGGAUGAAACUGCAUUUUGAGAUCAUACAAUGGAUUAUUAUUAAUUGGGUGCAGUUUAUGCCGAUCGGGUGUAUCUACCUGGAUGAUAUGGUUGGCAACCACUGUUUUCCUCCAAAAAUCGUUUUUUUUUACCGGUUUCCAAAAAUGGAAUUUAUCUACUUGGAGAUGGGUAACUGUCUAAAGUAAAAACGGUUAUAAAGGUAAAAAGUGAAUUAUGAUUAAGUCGCAUAAUUAUUUGAUUUUAAUGAUUUGUACAUAUAAUGUUGUAUAUAUAUAGAAAUUGUGUUAUAUUGCA